CUAAAAAGGGCCUGUGUAUGAUUUUAUUGAUGUACAGUUGGAGGCUGCAGGCUUUGAUGAUGGCCUCCAUAGGCUUUACUGAGAAUGUUGACUUUUGGCCAGGAGGCGGGCCUGGCCCUCGCCCAGGGGUCACGGGAGCCCCCAGGCCCAUCCACAUAUGUACACACAGGGAAUGACGUGCUUGGCCUGGUUUGCAUUUCCUGAAUCACCUUCAGUUCAACAAUCACACAUGACUAGGAGGCACUCGUUUUCGCCGAAGUCUCCAUUCUUAUAAGGACAGGUCGGAGAUGGGAAAUUUCAAGUACAACAACGAUGGAAUUUGCUCAUACGCGCCCAUUUAUCUAUUUCAACAUCCCGACUAUUGUAACUUCAAUUUAUUCUUAUUGGCGUUCAUCAUGGUUUCGGGCUAUGGGUUGUUACUGCUAGGGAACCGAUUAGAUGCAGAGAAAGAGAAAGAGAAAGAAAGCAAACGGGAAUAACGACACUCAAGACUCUUGCAUGGGAAUUUACAGAGAGACAAACCGAAACAAGUAAACAAGACAAUAUUAGAUCCCCGUAAAUUAUAGAACCAUCAGAAUCGCAUAGGAAUCGAUUCCAUCUACAAGCAACAUGCAAGCCGCUACAAAAAAAAAAGUUCGAGUCCGCGCUCAACUUUCCAAACGAUGCGUUAAGGUUAUAGUGUAGCGUGAUUUUGAAGGGUUCGGAUUAGAAAGGCUCGGAUGGGAAAAUACACAAUGGUGCGGUCGCAGGAUGAUUCCUUGACUAGCUAACGAAACAACAAACAAGUGGCUAAGCUGUGGAUCAGAGGAAAAAAAAGAACAAUAAUGAAUGCUGGGUAUAUACAGGAAAACAAUGAAAAUUAGGAUUGAAAAGAGUACAUAGAAUUCAAGGGAAGGAAGCUCAUAUAGUCGACAAUCAGUUUUCCCAUCUUGUGUCAGAUCAUAGUAUCUGAAGCUCAAGAUGAGACAUCAAAUUGUACAACACUCUGCAGUUGUUCAGAUUCAUCUGAUGUGAUUUGAAGAUUUUCUCAAGUGUCUUGAAGAACAGGAAUUGCUUAAGC